CUUGGCAGGCAGAGCGGGGCUGCGCCCGCCGCCAGCGGGGAAGCUGGGUGCGGAGACGGCCGAGAUGGUGGAGGAGGGCGGCGAGGAGGAGGCGGAGGGGGAGAGCGCCGAGAUGCCGGCGGCGCCGCUGCAGCGCUUCAAUGGCUUCCUGCCCGGCAAGGAGGCGGCGGGCGGCGGGGAGCAGCCGGCCCCGGCAGCCCCGGCGGCCCCGGCAGCCCCGGAGGCCCCGGAGGCCGAGGCGAUGCUGGCGGCGGGCGGCGGGCGGGCGGAGGCGCGGCUGGAGACGCGGCUGUCGCGGCGGCGGCUGGCGGUGCUGGCUGUUUUCAGCUGCUACUCGCUGGUGAACGCCUUCCAGUGGAUCCAGUACAGCAUCCUCAGCAACGUCUUCGCCGGCUUCUACGGCGUGUCCUUCACGCAGAUCGACUGGCUGUCCAUGGUGUACAUGGUGGCCUACGUGCCGCUGAUCCUGCCGGCCACCUGGCUGCUGGAUGCCCGCGGGCUGCGGCUCACGGCGCUGCUGGGCGCGGGGCUCAACGCGCUGGGAGCCUGGCUCAAGUGCGGCAGCCUGGCCCCGCAGCGCUACCCGCUCACGCUCGCCGCCCAGGCCGUGUGCGCCGUGGCCCAGGUCUUCAUCCUGGGGCUGCCCUCCCGCAUCGCCUCCGUCUGGUUCGGCCCCACCGAGGUCUCCACCGCCUGCGCCGUGGCUGUGCUGGGCAACCAGCUUGGUACUGCAAUUGGCUUUUUGCUGCCACCUGUUUUGGUCCCAAAUACGCCAAAUGAUAUCGAUCUUAUGGCACAUAACAUCAGCAUCAUGUUCUACGGAACUGCGAUAGUGUCCACACUUUUGUUCUUCUUAGCAGGAGUUGUGUUUGAAGAAAAGCCCAAAUACCCGCCCAGUCACUCUCAAGCAGUUCUGCAAACUAAACCUCCUGAGGAUUACUCCUACAAGCAGUCCAUUAUUAACUUGUUCAGAAAUAUUCCAUUUAUACUUUUGCUAAUCAGUUAUGGUAUUAUGACUGGGGCAUUUUAUUCUGUCUCCACACUACUAAACCAGAUGAUAGUAACUCAUUAUGAGGGAGAAGAAGUGAACGCUGGGAGAAUUGGCUUGACACUGGUGGUGGCAGGAAUGGUGGGUUCGAUUAUUUGUGGUUUGUGGCUGGAUUACACUAAAACAUACAAGCAAACUACUUUGAUUGUUUACAUUCUCUCUUUCAUUGGGCUGCUGGUAUUUACCUUCACCCUGGACCUCGGAUACCUUAUAGUAGUGUUCGUCACUGGAGGAGUGCUUGGGUUCUUCAUGACUGGCUAUCUUCCACUUGGGUUUGAAUUUGCUGUGGAAAUUACAUAUCCAGAGUCUGAAGGCACUUCCUCAGGUCUCCUUAAUGCAUCAGCACAGAUAUUUGGAAUUGUCUUUACACUUGUUCAAGGAAAGCUCACAACAGACUACAGUCCUCGUGCAGGAAACAUCUUCCUUUGUGCUUGGAUUUUUGUGGGCAUUAUUUUAACAGCCUUAAUAAAAUCAGAUUUGCGAAGACACAAUGUGAAUUCAGGGAUUAUGAACUUGGACGUUAAAGCUGUACCAGUUGACAGUCCUGUAGAACCUGAAAGCACUACUUUAAAGAUUCAGUCAGCUUUAUAAAGCUGGAGGAAGGUGACUUAGAAACGCACAAGUUUGGUUACAUAUGGAACAAUAUGAGCUAGUGUCAUCACUGGAUUUGUGUGUAUGAGUAGUAAAAUGUGUUUGUGUUUGUUGAUAUUGGUGGUAGUUGUGUGUUGGAAGCUAUGAAGAUGCUCAGUUCAUUUUGCCCAAGAUGCAGACAAUUCACCUUUGAAUGGAAUAUUUAUUUUGAAACUUUCGAGUUUUGCAGUUUCAUUAGUAAGGAGCUGUGUGAACACUCUCCACAGUAGGGAGACAUGUACAUUCAGGAUGCAUACUUGAAAAAAACCAGGAAUCUUGAAGUACAGUUGUCAUGAUCAGAAGUAUCUAAUCUUUUCUUGAUCAGUCUUGCUGGUGCUUUUGAAAAGUCAAAGAGUGGGGAGAUGCACAGCAGGAGGAUGUUCAAGAGUUUAUUUUUUAUUUUAAAUGUAUCUGUAUUUGAAUAUAAGCCAAUGAUUCCUUCUGGAAAAGUGAUAGCACAAUACUGAAAACAAGAGAUGACGUGUGUUUCAUACUGGCAUCUAACAUUUCUUUUGCCUUGAAACUUCUUUAUAGAUAUCAGAAGGCAGAUAAGAGACAACACUGUUUCUAUAGCUUCAUUGUAGCAUUUCUGGGGAGAUUUGAAUUUCUCACUAGAUAAAUUGCAGAAAAAACCAUCUCUUAUUAAAUACAGUAAAAAGGAGAACAAAGGCCUUUGAUAUCUCUAUUGUGAAAUACUAAUAAGCAAUGUAACACUACCACACAAGUUUCCUCCAUGGAAUAUUUUGAGUGCUUUCUCAAUUAAAGAGAGAGGAGUACGUGUUUACAAAGAGCCAGUGCCUUUACUUUGUAAAGAAGAUCCCUGCCUCAUCUUGAGUUUAAUCAGUGCUGCUGAAGAAAUUCCAUUUUGUGUGUUAAACCUCUGAAUAUUUGUAUUUGGAUUAUCAGAAAAUGUGUUCUGUCCUUUUUAUGAAUUGUAUCACUUGUCUCAUGUGAAAUUCCUGUGCUUGUGUAACUUAAAUCAUGUCUUUUGUUAAAAGCUGUAAGGAUGACUGGCAGAAAAAUAGUGAUAUUUUCACUUUCUCUGAUCAAAUAUUUUUUUUAUACUAUCUUAGCUGCAAAAUGAGGAGACUUCAUUUACAGUAACUUUUUGUUACUUCAUUUAUCUAUAUUUGGGAUGGGGGUUUCUCACUGCAGUGCUUUUGAAAAUGUUCUCCUUUACCUUGUGCUCUACCUACACACCCACAGAACAGAUAGGCACUACAAUUGCUGGGAAAUUCAGACCUGGGUUAGUGGACUUUUUGGAAACACUUGAUUUUUAGCUCAGCAAACUGAGCCUGCUAGUUCAGUGCCAUCAGUGAUGCUGUGUCGGAGUGCCAUCCAGAAGGUGGAAUCCUACACAAAGUUUUCCACAGAUUGCUACAAAGAUUUCCACAGAUGAUAAUUAUUUAACUCUGUGCUGGUUUCAGCUGGGCUAGUUAAUUUUCUUCACAGUGGCUGGCAUGGGGCUGUGUUUUGGGUUUGUGCUGAGCACAGGGUAGAUCAUACAGAGGUGUUUGCAUCAUUGCUGAGCAGGGCUUGCACAGGGCCAAGGCCUUUCUGCAUCAGAAAAGGCAGGGAGGUGGGAGUGCAUGGGAGGCUGGGAGGAGACACAGCCAGGACAGGUGAUCCCAACUGACCCAAAGGAUAUUCCAGACCAUCUGGCAUCAGUGUAUACAGUGGGGGGCAAAAGGAGGAAGGGAGGAAUGUUUGGAGUGAUGGUGUUUUCUUCCCAAGUAGCUACUGCACUUAAUGGGGGUGGUUGAGCACCUGCCUGCCCAUGGAAAGCAGUGUUUUUCUUUGUUUGUGUUUGUUUUCUUUGUUUUUCUUUGCCUGUGUGUGUGGCUUCUGCUUUCCCUAGUAAGCAGUCAUUAUCUCAAACCAUGAGUUUUCCACCUUUUACCCUUCUGAUCCAUCCUUAAUCCCACUGGUGGGGAAGGGAGCAAGCAAUCAGCUGCCUGGGGCUUGGUGGAUGGCUGGGCUUAAACAACAGCAAACUCCAAGGUAGUCUCUAAGUGCAACAAAUAUCAUUAAAAGCUUUUCUUAUUUCGCUGUAGACUCAGGAAAAUCCUUUUGUAUAAAAAGGGCCCUGAAAACUUAUCUUUCUAAGCUUAGCCUCUAAAUGUGAUGAUCUUGAUUUAAACAUUUUGUAUGAUAAAUGUUUUGGACAGGGGAAGACCUAUCAGAACAAACUAAGCACACUUGGAACACUUGCCUUACCAAAAAGGGUUCAUGUCUCUGCCAGGUUCAGUGCAGGGAGAAAAUGGCCAGACCUUGCUGCUCCUGGAGAGGUGAACUCUUCUGGAGUCCACUGCUGAAGUAGCUGAAUAUAGGAAAAGUAACUCUUGGCUAUUCAGAUGGCAGGCAAGGGUAGAGGAGUGAAAGUAGAGAUGCUUUAAUUGUGUCAGUCCUUUACAUCCAAGCUGCCCCAUCAUGGGAUGUACAUGUUUUCAGCCUGAGUGAGAAAAGUGAAAGUUUCUGCCUGGUGACAUGCAUGGGUGGCUUUUCCCUUUGGAAAAAUGAUAAUAACGUGUGCCAAAACCCAUACAUGUUUUUCAGCAAGAUACAGAUAUAGAAAAUAUUAUUGUUCAUGGCCCCGUGGCUGCUUUGACUUUUGGUGUUGCAAAAUCGUAACAAGAUAAUAUUUUUAUAGUUUUGGGGAAUUGUUUUCAAAUGUCCAGUAGAAAGUCUUUGGCAGUAUCCAGGCUGUUUGCUGACUUGUUCAAUACACACUGUUCAAAAUCAAAGAUUGAGUCUUUUUCUUUCUUUCUUAAAAUUUAUUUUUCAGUUCUUUUCUUCACUACUAGUUUCCAGUUUCUUUAGUUAUGUUCAACUGAUUAUUGAAAAAAUAUUUUAGUUUUGGCUCCUUGUGUUUUUUAUCUUCUGGCAAAUUACUUGGCUACCUUCUGCAAAGGUUGAAACAAGAUUUUGGCUUGCUGGAAACCCUGCUGGGUCCCUGAAAAGAAAAUAUUCCUAAUAAUGGAGGCCUAAUUACGUCUUGGAUUUAAUAUCCCCCUGCUAAAAGCAGCUUGAAAGUUGGAAACCUGUGAGCUAUUUUCAGACAAUGAUAAAGUAUUUAAAUGAAAGGCUCAGCAGCAGAAUAAAGAGCAAAUCAGUAUUUUUUAAUGCAAUAGUCCUUUAAUCUGUCCAGAAAUUGAGGUUCUAGCUCAUGACAGAAAUAAAUUUGGAAUAGUUGAGGCUUUGUAGUUUUUGCUUUUAAUAUUUGGGUUAUAGCAGACAACAUCCACUCAAUCAAUCAUAGAAUGUUGAGAGGUUGGAAGGGAUCUUACAGACCAUCUGCUCCCAACCCACCUGCCAUGGGCAGGGACAUCUCCCAGUGCUUGCUCAAGGCUUUAUCCAGCCUGGCCUUGAACACUGCCAGGGUUGGGGUGUCCACAACCUGCCUGGGCAACCUGUUCCAGUGUUUUAUUUAUUCCUGAUACCUAAAUCAAAUUUCCUCUCUUUCAGUUUGUACCCAUUCCCUCUUGUCCUGUCACUGCAAUUCCUGACAAAGAGUCCCUCCCACUUCCCUGUAGUCCCUCUUCAGAUACUGGAAAGUUGCUAUGAGUUCAUGCAGACUUCUUAGCCUGCAAAUUCCACAUGCAUCUGGAAUUGGAAAUAGGGUUUCUGACUCUUAGCCUUGAGAUCCUGGCUCAGCCCCCCAGCAAGAGUAGAGCUGGGGGCUAAAAAUCCUAACUGUUUAAAAAGGUAGUUGUAUCAUGAAUGGAAUGGCUCAUAAACUAGGAGAGGAUGUUUCUAGGUGUAAGAAGCCAAGUGAGAGGGAGAUCCCAAUCCCAUGCAUCAGCUUUGUUUUUCAAUUUAUGUUUUUUUCAAGUGUUUCAGGUGAGCUCUCGAGGAUGUAAGAGAACACACACAGUGGGGAGCAUAAACAAGGGGACUGCCCCAAGUUCCCAGGAGCCCAGCAGGUUGUGCAAUUGAUAACUUUCAGCUACAAAAUCAAGAGAUUAGCCUUAAAAUUUGUUCUUAUCUUUGUGUUUCUUCCCAGCCACUUUUGAACUUUAGGUAUUUUCAGUGGAAGAGACUCAGAGAACAUUGACACAGUUUUAUUUAGGAUUUCUACCAUGGCCUUAAACCCCUCAUUUCUAUUGGCUGGGUGUGAAAAUACCAGGCCUGUAGGGCGUAGUCUGGAAUUGCUGGUAGCUAAGUCCCUCAGAACAAGUAUUUGUAGAUAGGUGCUUAUCUUUGGUAACAUCUUUUCCUGUUGCUGAAUGCCCAUGUUUUAUGAGGAAGAAAGAACAAGGAAAGACAUAGCAAAAAUACCUAUGAAGCAUUUCAGAUUAAUAGCGAUGCUGUGAGAGGCUACCUAGAACAGAGGCUGGACAGUGUAAAGGAAUGAAGUAGGUGUUUAUUAAAAGGCUUCAAAGGACACACCUUGGGCUGUACAAGAGCCUGCAAGAUGCACCAUGGGUCACACGUUUUCACACUUUUAUAAGUUUAGGUCCAUUCACAUAUUGGGGUUAAUUGUCCAAUUACAGCUUCAGGUUAUGAAGUCCCAUCCUCCCAGAAUUGCUCUCAAUUUGCUGUUGUUUGCACUUUUUAGGCCCAAAGCUGCAAGGGUGUCUUUGGUUCUCAGGCUGGAAAAGGAUUGUUUUGUCCAACUAAACUGUGAGGAGAAUUUGCUAAUGCUUUAUAUGAAGUUCAGAGUUAUAUACUGAUGCAGUACAGAAUCUGGAAAAUAUGAAAACUAAAACUUAAGGCAUCAAUAGGGCUUUUCUAACUUCAGCCUCUUGGUCAUCUCUUUUGUUCAAGGCAGUCUGUUGUUUGAGACAAUCAGUGGAGUGUGUAGUUAGAGCUGCCAGCCCAUGUUCUUAAUGGAAAAAUGAUUUUUGACAAAUAUUUGGACUACCUUGUGUGUCUAGAACCACGUGAAAUUAGGUUAAGCUGUAAACAUUUAUUGUUUUCCUUUUCCAUUUUGAACUUGCUAGUUUUCCUGUGUGAAUGGGAGUGUGUGUGUGACCUUUACACUUGCUGUAUUUCAAUACACGUAUGUACCUCCCUAUGGAGUGUGGCAGGCUAUUAAUGUUUCAUGGAGCCCAAGCUGUCAUUGUACACAAUAAUAUGUGACUGCCCCCAACCCCACCAUUUGGUCUGAAGUCUGUGAAGAGAGAGAAGUGAUGCUAAUGCAGGAACUAAAAUGAAUUAAGCAAAAAAUUUCCUAAGAUAAAUUAUUUCUCUGUAAGACCCAUGUCAUUUACUGCUCAUGUUUUUGGUCUACUCAUGAAGAUAACAAAUAUGUUCUGCUGUAAAAUUUAACUUUUGUUAGUGUCCAAUUCUGUAUUUCAAGAGAAAAUUAAAAGUUCUCAUUGAAUAUUCUCUGAUUGCAAUACUGUAUGUAUGCGUCUAUGUGGAAGGCAUCAUUCCUUAACAUUAUAUGUUACUAAUAAAGUGUAGAAUGCCUAAACUGA